AUGGGGGUUCUUGAUAAGAUUGGAAGAAUUAGCGAUGAAGGUAGGAGUGGCGGGAAAGGAGCUGGUGGUGAAGAUAAAAGUCUUCGGUAUGGUGGAAGUAGAUAUGGUUAUGGUAGAAGAGGUAGUAGGGUUGGCGGGAGAGGAAUCAAUGGUAGUACGGGUGGUAGGAGAAGAGUUGAUGGUAAGAGAGGUGGCGACGAGGUUGUUGGCGGCUCAAAAAUGGAUAGUGGGUGUUUGUUGGAUAGUGAGGGUUUGUUGGAUAGUGGCGAUUUGUUGAAAAGUUUGGGUAUGUUUGACAAUAGAGGUUUGUUGGACGAUGGGGAUUUCUUGGACAAUGGGGGUUUCUAG